AUGUGGGGGAUCAGGGGUGUCCCAGACACGCGGCGCGGGUGCCGGCGGCGCGCGGAGGCGGGGAGGAUCCGGAAGCCUGGGCAGCAGCUCCGCCCCAGCGAGUGCAGCCGCCGCGCCGCCCGCGCUGCGGGCUCAGACCUCCCGGCUCGGCUGGCGGCGCGCGGCGGUGAAAUGUCUGCUCCGGGAUUGUACCAGGCGGCCGCCGGGCCCUCGUCGGCCCCCUCCGCACCCCCAACUUACGAAGAGACGGUGGCCAUUAACAACUACUUCCCCACGCCUCCGGUGCCCGGGCCCACCACGGGGCUGGUGACUGGCCCCGAUGGGAAGGGCAUGAACCCUCCUGCGUACUACACCCAGCCAAUGCCCAUCCCCAACACCAAUCCAAUUACCGUGCAGACGGUCUACGUGCAGCAGCCGGUCUCCUUUUUCGACCGCCCGGUCCAGAUGUGCUGCCCUUCCUGCAACAAGAUGAUCGUGACCCAGCUGUCCUACAACGCCGGCGCCCUCACCUGGCUCUCCUGUGGGAGCCUGUGCCUGCUCGGGUGCAUCGCGGGCUGCUGCUUCAUCCCCUUCUGCGUGGACGCCCUGCAGGACGUGGACCAUUACUGUCCCAACUGCAAAGCUCUCCUCGGCACCUACAAGCGACUGUAG